AUGCUAAAAAACCUAAACCAACUGCAAGAACUUGUCCUUUCUUUUGUAGAUAUAUCUUCAGUUGUACCAAUGUCUUUGAUGAAUAUGUCUUCUUUGACGUAUCUGGAUCUUACUCUCACUGGGUUGCAUGGGAAAUUACUGGAUAUCAUUUUUCACCUUCCAAACUUGCAAAUUCUCUUUUUAGGAGUCAACUUUGAUCUCACUGAUAAUUUAGCCAAAGUAAAUUGUAGUAGUAGUUCCCUCAAGAUGUUGAAUCUCGUGUCUUCGAGUUUUUCUGGAGAAUUACUUGGUUCAAUUGUCUAUCUCAAGUCUUUGAAUUCCUUGAAUCUCACCAGUUGCAAAUUCUCUGGGUCCAUUCCUAAAUUGCUUGGGAACCUUACACAGAUCACUGAUAGUUUCAAUGGUCAGAUCCCAUUUACUCUCUCAAAUCUUAAUCAGCUCACUCUUUUGGAUCUUUUUGAAAAUAAUCUUGAUGGGAAAAUUCCUAAUUUUAGUGGGCUAGACAACCUACAAACACUUCACUUGCACAAUAACUCACUAAAUGGGACACUACCAUCUUGGUUGUUGAAUCUUCCAUCAUUGACAGAAUUAGACCCGAGUAGUAAUCAACUAAUUGGCCAAAUUCCAGAGUUCCAGCAUAAAUCAAAAUUGAUGAACAUUGACUUGAGUCAUAAUGAACUAUAUGGCCCCAUUCCACAAUCAAUUUCAAAUCUUGUGAAUUUGACCCAACAUGAUUUUUCGUCAAAUAAUUUUAGUGAUGUUGAGGAGCUACAAACAUUCUCAAAUCUAAAAAAUCUCGAUUAUCUUGAUCUUUCAUACAAUCUAGGAAGCAUAGAUACGGAUACGACACGAUACGGAUACGCUAUAAAUCAAUUUCCUUGGAAGAAUCUUGAGAUUCUUGAUCUUCGUUCCAACUUGAUUCAAGGACAACUCCCAGUUCCAUCACUUUCUGUACUUUACUUCUUCUUCUCACAAAAUAAACUCACCGGAGAGAUUCCUUCUUCAAUUUGUAAUGCGAGUUUCCUUUACAUCCUUGAUUUGUCUCACAACCACUUGAGUGGUGCAAUUUCACAAUGUUUGGGAUACUUAAGCAAUGUUCUCUAUGUAUUAGAUCUGCGGUUCAAUGCCUUGCAGGGGAACAUCCCCAUGAUAUUUGGAAAGGCAAUUGAUUUAUCAUCUAACAAAUUCAAUGGAGAUAUUCCAAAUGUCAUCCGAAGGCUUAAUUCUCUCAUAGUGCUUAAUUUAUCUCAUAAUAGCCUUACGGGCUUUAUUCCAUUUUCUUUAGGAGACUUGACAAAGCUUGAAUCACUAGACCUCUCUUCAAACCAGCUUAUUGGGAAAAUUCCUAACCAAUUAAAGAGUUUGACAUUUCUUGAGGAAGAUGAGUCAAAUUUUGUAAUUGGAUUUACUUGGGAAGCCGUGGUGAUGGGGUAUGGUGUGGAACGACAUUGGGAUUGGUUAUCGGAUUCCUCAUGUUCUUAA